AUGCAGUUAGCUUCAUUAUUUCGAAAUCAUGGAAGAUUUUGUGCUUCUCAUCCUUGGGAGGUCAUAGUAGCAACGUUAACUAUUACAGUUUCGACUUUGUCUUUCAGUUUAAACUCCAAUUCUAUCGCUGAAGAUCUCUGUCGAAACGGAAAAUCUUGUGAAAGCCAUCAAGAUAAAAAGACCCGCGGCGAUGUUAUUGUUUUGACGACCACUAAUUGCUUAGUUGUGGUAUGUUGGCUAUAUCUUCAAUUCAGAGCCCUUCGUAAGCUUGGUUCUAAGUAUCUUCUAGGAGUUGCUGGUUUAUUUACCUUGUUUGCCAGUGUUGUUUUCACUCUAAGUGCCAUUCGUCUGUUGAAACAAGAUAUAACGGGCUUGAAUGAAGCCUUACCUUUCUUUCUAUUGUUGAUGGACUUAUCGCGUGCGAGAAAACUAGCUAAAUUUGCUCUUAAUGCAGCGUCCAAGGAUGAAGUUAUAGAAAAAAUCGGUGAAGGAAUGGCAACUCUCGGGCUUACCAUUACUUUGGAUACCUUUGUAGAAUCGCUAGUGAUUGGUGUCGGUACAUCAACAGGCGUGAAAGAACUGGAAAGAAUGUGUUGUUUCGGCUGCAUAUCCGUCAUAGCAAAUUAUCUGAUUUUCAUGACAUUCUAUCCUGCCUGUUUGUCGUUAGCGUUAGAAUUUUCACAUGGAAGUUCGGAAUACCGUCGUAUGUGGGAACUGAACCGUUCAUCUAUCGAUUCCUCUUCAUUUAAGCCUAAUCCUGUAGUGCAAAGGGUCAAACUCAUCAUGUGCGCUGGGCUAAUGUUAGUCCAUUUCCGCAGUCGGUUCUUUGGCGGAAUUGAUAAUGAUCAAGGAUUAUCUAUUCAAUCUAUUUUCUCUCAAGAAUCAAGCAUCUAUGAGAAGUGGUGGCAACGAGUUUUGGGGAUGAGACCAGAAGAGGUAAUAUUUCAAUACAUCACCGUAGGAGUUGCUGUAUUUCUUGUGCUUAAAUAUGCACUAUGGGAAAAACAUGAUGAUACCGGCAGCAAAUUAGCCAAAGAGUUCAAGAAGGAUUGUAAUAAAAAAGAGAAAAUUGUUACUAGUAAUGGAACUGUAACUGAUGCUGAAAACCACACCGAGAAACUAUCGGCAAAUGAAAAAAAUACGAAUGAAAGCUCUCCGUCAGUACCAUUAAAGGCUGGGCGUGAAGUAGUAGCUAGGAAGGAAGAAAACACGAAAGGGGAAGAAGCAAAGCCACAGUUUUUUAUCGAUACCAACUCCGAUGAAGAAUCUGACCGUGAUAGUAAAAGUGAAGAAACUGCCGACAGGAAAAUACAAGAGAGAGAGAAAACUCUGGAAGAAUGCCUUGAAAUUCUUAAUAAUAAUGAGAAAUCUUGUGAUCUGUUAACCGAUAAAGAUAUCCUGAGGCUUGUUGAGGCUAAACAUAUUGCUCCAUACAAACUCGAAUCGGUAUUAAAUAACCCUGAACGUGGCGUUUCCAUUAGACGUCAAAUUCUUAGUCAGAAACUAACUAAUGUAAAUGCAUUGGAGAAACUUCCUCUUAGCAACUAUGAUUAUUCUUUGGUUAUAGGAGCCUGCUGCGAGAAUGUAAUUGGUUAUACGGCAGUGCCUGUAGGCGUUGCUGGACCUCUAUUCUUGGAUGGAAAACCGUACCAUGUACCAAUGGCAACUACAGAGGGAUGUUUAGUCGCCAGUACCAAUCGCGGAUGCAGAGCAUUAACUCAAUGUAACGGAGUACGAUCUGCUAUUUACAAUGAUGGUAUGACUCGAGCACCUGUUGUCAAGUUUCCUUCUGUAGGAAAAGCUUGUGAAGCCAAGUUGUGGUUGGACGAACCCGAUAACUUUGAAGCUAUCCGAAAAGCUUUUAAUGCUACUAGUCGAUUUGCUCAGCUAGUAGGAAUUCAUUGCGGUUUGGAGGGUCCACUGCUUUUUAUUAGAUUUAAAUCCAGAACAGGAGAUGCAAUGGGAAUGAAUAUGAUAUCAAAGGGUACAGAUGCUGCUCUUCGGUGUCUGGAAGACGCCUUUCCGGAAAUGGAUAUUAUUAGCUUAAGUGGAAAUUACUGUACUGAUAAAAAGCCAGCAGCGAUCAACUGGAUUGAAGGUCGAGGUAAAUCUGUCGUGUGCGAAGCUGAAAUUACCGCGCGAGUCAUCAAAGAGGUUUUAAAAACAACCCCCGAAGAUUUAAUAGAAGUUAAUUACGACAAGAAUUUAAUUGGUUCAGCUAUGGCUGCUUCCAUUGGUGGUUUUAACGCUCAUGCUGCUAAUAUUGUAACGGCAAUAUAUAUUGCUACUGGCCAGGAUCCAGCUCAGAAUGUUGAAAGUUCUAAUUGUAUCACAACCAUGGAAAAACAUGGUGAAAAUGUCAGAAUGUAUUGUACAAUGCCUUGCAUAGAAGUUGGAACAGUUGGCGGUGGUACUAUAUUAGGUCCUCAAUCUGCUUGCUUAGAGAUGUUAGGAAUACGCGGUGCAAAUGUAUCUUCACCAGGAGAAAACGCCAGACAACUAGCUCGGAUAGUAUGUGCCACUGUAAUGGCAGGUGAACUGUCACUACUUUCUGCUCUCGCUGCCGGGCACUUAGUGAGAAGUCACAUGAAAUACAAUAGGUAA